UAGAUAUUCUGGGAUAUCGCUGCUUGCACUCCGCCGGGAAACGUGUUUCUUUGGCAUUUUUCAAGCGGAAAUCUGACGGAGAAUUUUUGAACACUUGAUGGUGAGAGGGGAUCAUUGCAGGGUUAAAUGGGGAAGCUAUUUUUCUGGCCCGUCAGCUCUCCACGAAGCGGUUGGUGAUAAUGGUCUUGGUGUGUUGCCGUUUUACUUCGGUGGAUCCAGUUUCCUCUCCAUCUCAGCACAGCCGGAGCUGAGAGAGCGGGAUCUGGUAGGCCUUCUGGCAGCGCCCUCUCAGAGGAUCAUCUUCAAGGGAUCUUCUUUGGAGUGGUUCUGUGCAUGGCAAGGAUCUACUUUCUUGCUGCCUCACUGAACUUGCAUGGCCUAAACGAAUGAAUAUUUUUAUGAGGCGCCUUGCACCAGAGAUGGGCCAGGACCAAACCAAGCUGCAGAUAGAGAAGGGCCUGAGGUUGUAUCAGUCCAAUCAGACAGACAAAGCCCUGCAUGUCUGGACAAAAGUGCUGGAGAAGACCUCAGAUCCUGGCGGGAAGUUUCGGGUGUUGGGGUGCCUGAUCACAGCUCACUCAGAAAUGGGAAAAUAUAAAGAUAUGCUCAAGUACGCUCUAGAUCAAAUCGACACAGCCAGAGAAAUGGAGGACCCAGACUACCUGACAGAGGGCUACCUGAACUUGGCGCGCAGCAAUGAGAAGCUGUGCGACUUCCAGAAAACGGUGUCCUACUGUAAGACCUGCUUAAACAUGCAGGGUACCACCGUCAGCCUGCAGCUCAACGGCCAGGUAUGUCUUAGCAUGGGCAACGCCUUCCUGGGCCUCAGUGUCUUCCAGAAAGCUUUGGAGAGCUACGAGAAGGCCCUGCGCUACGCACACAACAAUGACGACAAGAUGCUGGAGUGCAGAGUCUGCUGCAGUCUGGGAAACAUCUAUGUCCACCUUAAGGACUAUGAGAAAGCCCUGUUCUUCCCCUGCAAAGCAGCUGAGCUCGUCAAUGACUACGGCAAGGGUUGGAGCCUCAAGUAUCGAGCCAUGAGCCAGUACCACAUGUCUGUCGCCUACAGGAAGCUGGAGCGCCUGCCAGACGCCAUGGAGUGCUGUGAGGAAUCUAUGAAGAUUGCUCUGCAGCACGGCGACCGUCCUCUGCAGGCUCUGUGCUUACUAAACUUUGCAGACAUACACCGCUGCAGGCGUGACGUUGAUAAAGCAUUCCCUCGCUACGAGUCUGCACUGGGUAUCAUGACUGAGAUCGGAAACCGUCUGGGACAAUCACAUGUUUACCUGGGAGUUGCAAAGUGCUGGCUUCUGCAGAAAGAAUUUGAUAAGGCUCUUGAUUCUCUGCAGCGAGCACAGGAAUUGGCUGAUGGGAUGGGAAACAAGUUGUGCACGCUGAAGGUGCACUGCCUGAGUGAAGGGAUUUAUCGGAGCCGGGGGCAGCAGGAGGAGCUCAGAGAGCAGGUGGUGAAGUUCCUGCAGUGUGUCGAGGAGCUGGAGCUCUACUGCGGCAUGUGUGGAGAGUCCAUCGGGGACAGGGACCAAAAACUGCAGGCUUUACCCUGUUCCCACAUUUUCCAUCUCAAGUGUCUGCAGACAAACGGGACAAAGGGUUGCCCUAAGUGUUUCAAGUCCUCCAUGAAGCCUGGAUUUGUGUGAUUGUGAGACUGUGUUUGUGCGUUGGAUCUGAAGACACAGCGUGAAGCCUCCCAGGCUCCUGACUGAUCUGAGAGAAGCAGGCAGCCUCGGGAUGACGUGCUGAAGAUGUUUGAGGAGUAAUGAUUCACUGCUCUGUGAAGAGGAUGCUGAACUGAACCCAGAGUGUCGCAGGGUGUGGCUCUGAGGACACAAUCAGUGCAUCCAUGUUAUUAACAGACAUCAAACUGUGAGUUACAGCUGACUGAGGAGGUAAAACUGACAGUGUUACAUUUCAAUAUAAGCUGAAGAAGAAAGAGCCUUCAUUGUCUCUGAUAACUCGCCUUUUUUGCAGAAUUUAAAUCUAGAGGAAUACGGACCGCCCAGAAAGCAUUUAUAACUUGUACUUGCUAUUUUAUGCAUUAGAAUAGUUUCAUAAAAUCAAGAUGAAAUGAUUGUCAGUGAUGUGAUAUUACCUUUUACUGUACACAACAUCCACUUUUUCUUUCAACAGUUUUCUGAUUUUAGUUUUUGUUUUUAUCAGAACACAGAGCCAUUUCUGAAUUUAACUGAUUUCAUACAUGGUUAUAUUUAUUAUUGUAUUCAUGUACAUACUAUUCUCUAUUUGUUUUAAAGGUUUGAUUUAUUUGACGUGUUUUGUAAAACCUAAAAACGAGCUAAAAUCUCUUAACCAUUCAAAAACUAGUAUGUCUUUACAGAACAGGUUCAUGCAGCUGUUUUUUUUCUUCCUUAUUCACUGAGAUUAAGGCGCCGGAUCAACACACAUUGUGUUCAUAGAAAUUCCUUUUCCGUCCACGUUUUACUCUUAAGUCUGACAUCAACAUAAUAUUGUUGCAAUUUAAGGACAAAUAUUGUUGAGAAGGAAACCUAUUGGGAAAGGAUCGUCUUUGACCAAUCACACACUCGUCAGAUAAUUAUUUAGAGGAGCUACAUGCAGUAUGUUUUAAUGUAGUGUUUUCAUAUUUGUAGUCAUAUGUAAAUAUUAAUCAAUCACUAAGAUGUCAGGUUGAGAUUAUUUACUUGCAGAGGCAUUGUGAUUUUAAGGUGAUUUUGAGGGAUAAAGCCAAAACACAUCAGUUGAUGUUGCAUGUUUUACUUACAGUGCCAAACAACAAAGGAUUACAUCAAAUUAUAUAUCCAUGUAACUGUAUUUACUUAUUUCAGAAUUGUUUAUUAUAGUACUUCUUAAUAUUCAGUGGCCUUUAUCAUUCAUAUUCCUUAUAUAUUUGUUCAAUUUAUUUUAGACGUAUUGUGAUUUGGGGAAAAAAAGCCAUGUCAAUCCUUGUGGCUGAAAUGAGUUUUUUCAGUAGUAGGGCGGAACAAUUAAUUACAAUUUAAUCAAAGCCAAUUCAUAAAAUAUGUGAAUAAAUACCAUUCUGAAUUAAGUAUUGUGGUGCUACAGAGAUGUCCCAGCCUAUCUAUAGAAAAAAAUCCUACUAUGAUCAAUUUUAAUAUAUUUUUUAAUUAAAAUUAGAAUAAUGAUGCAAAAAUCAUUCCCUCCAGUAUCAUGAAUCAUAUCCGUUGCAACAAUGUAAGGUUUUUACUCUUAAAAGUAAGACUGUAGUUGUAGUUUAUAAAAGUACUCAGUCACACUCUCUAUGAAGCCCAAGUACUCUCUUUAAACAAACUCUCUUUUACACACACACACAC